AUGAUUACUACCACUCUCGGCCUUCUCCUUUUCUCCGCGCUUUCAGCUGCGCAUGGAGACCAUGGACAGGCUCCAAUGUCUGGGCCACACAAAGGACUUUGGUACAACACCCUACCAGGAGAUGGCGGCACUCAGGCUGACUCGGUAUUCUCCGGUAUCUCGACAUUCGGCCGCCUUCCGUACUUCCCAUGUCUCUCCAGCGAGGACGAAAGUUACGACAUUGCCUUCCUAGGAGCUCCCUUUGAUACGGGUACUUCGUACAGACCCGGUGCUCGCUUUGGACCAAGUGGUAUCAGACAAGGCUCACGUCGUCUCAAUCUCUACGGAGGCUACAAUGUGCCACUUGAGGCGAACCCAUUCGUUAGCGAUCUGAAGGUUCUGGACUGUGGUGAUGUUCCAGUGACCUCAUACGACAAUGCCUGGGCUAUUCAACAGAUCGAAGAGGGCCACAACAGUGUUCUCAUGCGCAAGCCGUUUACCGAUGCCCAUAAGCCAGGACUUUCUCGUGCAGGAAAGACUCUUCCUCGCGUUAUCACUCUCGGAGGUGAUCAUACUAUUACUUUGCCCUUGCUACGGAGCAUCAACAAAGCCUACGGUCCUGUCACCGUAAUUCACUUCGACAGCCACCUUGACACCUGGAAACCAAAGGUCUUUGGUGGCUCGCCCAGCCAGGUCGCUGCCAUCAAUCAUGGCACUUACUUCUACCACGCUGCCAUGGAAGGUUUGCUCAGGAACGACACCAACAUCCACGCCGGUAUCCGCACAACCCUCUCCGGUCCUUCAGACUAUGAGAACGACGGGUACUGCGGUUUUGAGAUCGUCGAAGCCCGAGAAAUAGACACGAUCGGUACCGACGGUAUCAUUAAGAAGAUCCGGGAUCGCGUCGGCACCGAGAACCCCGUCUACCUGUCCAUCGACAUUGACACCCUUGACCCUGCCUUUGCCCCGGCUACCGGUACCCCCGAAACUGGAGGUUGGUCCACUCGCGAACUUCGGACGAUCAUUCGCGGUCUCGAUGGGUUGAACUUUAUCGGUGCCGACAUUGUUGAGGUUGCACCGGCGUAUGAUACCAAUGCGGAGCUUUCGACAAUGGCGGCUGCGGAUGUGUUGUACGAGGUUCUCACCAUCAUGGUGAAGAAGGGUCCUCUCUCGGUUGAGGGUCGGGUGCACGAACUGUAG